AUGCCCUCCGCGGUAUCGAGCCACGGCAACUACUACUCCGCCCACCAUCGUCGACAGUCGUCCCAGUCGCAGACCAAUCUGCCCGAUCAGAUUAGAAACAGUGGGUUGCCGGCCCAGUCGCCAAAUCGAUCUCUUGUCUUUCUCCCCUCCACCGCCUAUUCCCCGUCGCAGCCAAUAACCCAGCGUUCUCGGACUUCGUCUCUGUCAACCGCUUCAAGAUCGACCUCAAGGCUGGAUACCGUGCGGAUUGAGGAGAUCCCAAAUGAUCCUCACGAUUUCUACCGCCAGUACCAAGAUCCCUUCACGAACGCAUCCCCUGUAGCCCUCCACCAAGAGGCCAUACGGACUGCGCCGAUAGAGCCGGUAGAGGAGGUACCCCUCAAUGACAGAAAAUCCAGUUUCAACGCUGAUGAAAGAACACCAAAGACGGCAAGAAAUGGGGCAGGCGGCCGAAAGCUGUCGUUAACCACCCAGACCUUGCCGAACGGCGCCUUUCCUGGUAGCGGUUCGAAGCCUGCCCCGGCCAUGCCCAAUGGCUUAAGGUCGAGGAAGGCUUCGUUCAAAGAUCUGGUGGCCAGAUUCGAUGCAUCGUCUGACGAUAUCCCCCCUCUACCGUCCCAACCCAUAUCGCGUCCGGCAUCAAGGACUGCUAGUCCCAUGCCUUAUGGCUCGGUCGACACCUCCCACUCUUUCCAGCCGCCCAUGAAGCGCCCGCCAUCAAGAACCUCCGAGUCAACGAGAAGGGCAGGAAGUGCAGUGGGGUUGCGGACUCCCAGCAACGACAGGACAAUGCAUUCCAGAGGUGCGUCUGCUGCUGGUGGGUUGAGUCAAGUAAUUAGCAAUCCCGAAGCGCCCGCCGAUGGGCGGAAACUAUUGUUCGGUGAAGUUGCGCCAUCAGCAAGCGAUCUUCCUGCUGCCCCAGGCUAUGGCAUCCACAAUGCUCGGCUGAGGAGAGGCUCCGAAGGGUCGUCUAUGCGUAGCCCUAAUCCAAUGUUUCAAACGAAGCGUGGCCAGGCUCAUCUCCCAGGGCCGCCAAUGUCGCCCUCAGCUGUGCAUCCGCCCAGUACUGUCCUGCCGAACGAGGCACAAUCCCAGCGCCGGCCCGCUCAUCGUCGAGCAAAUAGUGAUUUCUCGGGGCCCUUCUCAAGAGCCGUCACUCGAGAUGGUCGGACCCCAUCGUCAACUACAGGGACCAGCGGUCAUAGGAAUACCGCGGACGCCACGGCCAAAUCUCGUAUCCCGGUAAGCACACGACAUCAGCGGAUAGCGUCAGAUUCGGCGGCAAUCUCCCCCACGGCCCCUCCUACCAUCGUACCGCACCACCAGCUUCCGUUCCGAGUGCUCGAACCCGGGCGGAAACACUCGAGUCCUUCGCAUUCGCGAGAUCGCAGACCGCAGAGUCCUCAUAGGCAGGUGCGGUCGCCAGUGCAAAUCAAAAGUCCGAACAAUAGAGGUCGCGGCACCACCACCGCAAAUGGCGAAAAGAGUCCUUCCCUCCGCGCAAACAUCAUUGCUCCUCCGCCAAAAGUCUCGCCUCCACUGAGAAGUUCGAGGCCACGAAUGCCUGUUUCUUCUGCCACGACAGCAGCGUCACGAGCGAAGAUGGCAGAGAAGUUUCAGACGAUGGCCAAGCAGCAAAGUGACAAGAAGGCUUUCAGGCGUCAAAGACCGCCGGAGCUUAGUGACAUCGACCUGAAAGCCCGACGACUAAAGAUUACUCAGGCCUUGAGCAGGUCGAGAGAAGGGCAUGAUCUGAAGGGUGGCACCACUUCCGCUCAGGGCCGUUCAUCUAGUCGGUCGGAUAGUAUGACGCCGUCCUUCGAAGAGUCUGAUGAGACUGAGCAGCACCCUCACGAGGCCAUGGAAAUUCCAGCUGUGGUCGUGAAUGAGCCUGCCAUCGACACAUCAGAUGAACGCGCAUUCUACUCUGCACUCGGAGAGAGCCCAGGGGACCAGCAAGCAUUCACACAAAAUGCCUUACGGGUCGUUGAGUCAAGUUCUUCACAUCCAGGCGAUGAACUAGACUCGCCAACCCUCGGGCACACUGACUCCCCCUUCAGCAACAUCCCAUUCAGCCUGAAUACCCAUCUGCAACCACUGCGGGAUGAGCAGGAGCCGCAAUCCGCAAUGACAGAGGGCACGGUGGCGACUGAGGCCACUAUGAUCGAUGUCGAACCCCAGACCGAUACCUCACGACUGCAGACUCCGGGCCAAUCCCUCUAUAGCCAGAUCAGUAUCCUCCGAAGCCAGGAGUCCACUUCUCCGUUGUCAUCCACAUCUCAGGCAUCUGGCGAGAACUCUGAUCAUGCUGACCAGGUAUCUGUCCACCUCAUGCUUCGAAAUACCACUUACCUUGACGAUGAAGAAGCUGUUGAGAAGGGUUAUCGACAUCUCGCGCCACUUCCUCAGCCCGAACUCACCCCCUCACGAAGCGAUGGUGGAAACUCUUGGACGUCGUCGAUAGAAGAUUCGCCUGAUUCGGAAGUAGAUGAGGGUUCAGCCUCUGUCACUCAUUCACUCCGUCGGCAAGAAGCGGAAUCAGCAGGCGUCGAGUCCGGUUCACAUUUCGAGUCGGAUCAUUCUAGUAACGAGGACGACUCGGGCCGCGAUCAUCAUGCCGCUGAUGCGUACACAAUCGUGAAUAAGGUCCUCCAACAGCAGACACAAUCUGGCGUGGUCGAUCAGCAACUUGUGGAUGACAUAUACCACCGCAUCAUUCAAGCCUCCCCCGACCUGGCCGAUGUUGAAAACGUCGACGAGGAAAAGGUGCAACACCUGUGUAUGCACGAACUAGAUGAGUACACCCGUCAAUGGGAGCAGCUGGAAUCAUCGCCGUGGCGGUCGUCAAAGUCCCUCCAUACUGAAGAGCAGAUGGUUUCCAUGCACCAGAACAAUGAAGGACAAGGCGAUAGUGCUGACCGGCGGGCCGAUAUCCCCAUGUCAAGUCUUGAAACUUCUCUGCCACCACCAUCAAGUUGGAAAGCGCAUCAUAGAUACAAAUCGAGCCUGGAUAGCCCGCAAGACUGGGCUGAAACUUCACCAUCUGUCGGCGAUUGGAUGCAGUUUGCUCUCAAGUCACCAGCCGAACAGCGGCAACCAUCCGGUCUAGCUCACGAGGCAUACGCAAACGAGGGUUCAACAAUUCCAGUCAGCGAAAACGUUCAAGACUUGCACCAAGACGACGACGAGCAGGAGAAAGAGAUGUUCGUACCCAUGGGUGCUGAGAGGGAUAUUCCCCGUCCACCUAGUCACUCUCCUCCCCCACCUCCGCCGAUAGCCAAGCUGCCAACUAGUGACCAGUCGUCAUGGUCUGCCCCGGUGGGUAUCAGACCGGCUGUGCCACAAGUGCCGCCACAGUCAAGGCCGCAAACCUCGUUCUCUCAGGUGUCUGCUCGCUCAAGCAUGGACCAACAACCAAGGCCGUCCGUCUCCAGCAAUACAAGGCCCUCUGUGGAUGAGGAGAGCCCCGAGCAGCGCCGGCUGAAGAAGAGACGACAUAUUCUCAAAGAAAUUGUGGAUACUGAGUAUACCUAUGAACGAGAUAUGAGAGUCCUAUGCGAUAUCUACAAGCAGACUGCUGUUGCAGCCAUCAGCGAUGACGACAUCAAAAUCAUCUUCGGCAAUGUCGACCUUGUCCAACAAUUCUCCAAAGAUUUCCUCGCCUACUUGAGGCAGGUGGUUAAACCAGCAUAUGUAAUGGAGAGGUCGGACCGACGGAAAGACGCAGAUCGCGCAUCUACCGUCCAGAGCUCGGCAGCUUCUAUCGGUGGCGCACUUGACUUGACGGACGGUGAAAAGGACGAACUCACUAGGGUUGGCACCGCGUUUGAAGCCUCGAUGGAUGACAUGGAAAAGGUAUACACGGACUAUAUCCGGACCCGACACGCUGCAAACAAACGAUUGGAAGUGCUUCAGACAUCGCCAACCGUGAAAGAGUGGCUCAAGGAGUGCAGUGAGAACUCAAGUGACAUAACCAACGCUUGGAGUCUCGAUGCGCUGCUUGUGAAGCCAAUUCAACGCAUCACCAAGUAUCCACUGCUGCUCAAUCAGCUAUUGGAAGCGACAUUGGACACUCAUCCAGAUGUAGAGUUCCUCCGGAGAGCAGCCAGCGAAGUGACUGAGGUCAAUGUGCGGAUCAAUGAGGUCAAGAAACACACCGAGCUUGUUGAUCAGGUGCUCAAUCGCAAGCGCAAAGAGUCUGACGUCCGGAACGGUCUGACCAAAGCAUUUGGUCGCCGCGCCGAAAAAUUGAGGCAACAUGUUGGAAUCAAUGAAAUGUACGAAGAUCAGGAAUACGCCAAGAUCAAGAUCAGCUACGACAACAACAUUGCCCACUUAUUCCUAGUCACCAAAGACUGCCAAGGCUAUGUGGAAGCGAUCACCAGGUGGGUUGGUCGCUUGUGCGAGCUGGCGGCGGCGGCAGAGGCGUGGGUGGACGUGGGACAUACCAACCACUCACAAGCUGAAAGCAAGCUCAGACAAUUCGCAAUUGUGGUGCGAGGGAUAAACUCGAUUGCAUUGCCUGACCACAAUGAACAGGUGUCGAAGCGUGUCAUACAACCGAUGGACAAGACAGCAGCGAUGUUAGAGAAGUUCAAGGCUGACACCAAGGGGCUCAUCCAGAAACGAGAAAAGCGGCUCCUCGACUACAAUCAAUUCAAGAACAAAAAGGACAGAGGUGAGAAGAUUGACAAGAAAAUGACCGAGCGGAUGGAGCAAUGGGAAGCGCUGAAUUUAGAAGCCAAAGAAAGGAUGAAGCGCCUUCUGCGAUCAACCGCUGAUCUUGUUCAUGCUUGCCAGGCCAAUCUGAUCCAACUACAUCUCAACUGGCUUGGCAUGUGUCGCCAGAAAUUUUCGGCCGCGAUCGACAUUCCCCUGGACAAGGUCGACAAUUCUGAUAUUGUGAAGGACUGGCAGGAAGACUUUGACUACCAGGAAGCGACGGCCUUGACACUGAGCAUCUGCAAUGGCUCACUGCUAGCCGAGGCGGUCAACAUGAUUUCGUUCUUGACCCCUGGAUCGACACUGAAUGGCGAGGAGUCUCCCCGUCAGCCAUCGUGGAACAGUAUGAAGCGAGCGAUAUCAGCAAAUGAAGAAAUUCCGCCGUUCCCAAUCAAGGACCAUCACCAUCGAAACAGUGGAGGUCCAAUGAGCUCUCAGAGCGACGAUCGGACUGAAUGGAGUUCUUCUACAUUUGCCAAUGGACGGAUCCGGACUGGCUCAGCUGCAUCUGGACGGCCUCCAAAGACUCCAGAGACAGCAAGUCGAGGUGUGUCUGCCUCGCUCCAUACUGUUGACAGCCUGAAUCCAUCACGACCAGGGACUAGUCCGGGGCUUCCGGCAGACAGUGCAAAAUCCGCUCCGAGGUUAAGCUUAGAGGCGCCGUCCCCGUCGCUUGGAGAGCUCUUAACGGAGUCCCCUGUGGCGCUUCGCCAUGUCUCAACGUCUUCGUUUUACACAGCAGCUCCUGGUCCAAGCCACUCUCAGCCACACCUCCCUGCGCCAGGCGGAGCCAGCGUGUUUUCUUCGGCGAUGCCCAUGGAAGAUAUUCCUCGUCCAACACGAGCAACCCCCCAGCCACGUGAAGUACCGGGGGUCUUAUUUACAGCAGCCAGUGUUUAUGAGUUCAACAUUGAUCGAUCACGGCAGCAAGGCGGCUUUCGAUACCUUACAUAUGUGACAGGGGAAAUCUUUGACAUCAUUGCCGAACACGGGGAGUUGUGGUUGGCGAUCAACCAAGAUGAUCCAACGCGAGAAAUAGGCUGGAUCUGGAACAAGCAUUUUGCCAAAUUGGCCGGAUGA